GGAGAGGAAGAGAAAGGGCCAGGAGGGGAGCGCGGCGGGCACCUCGGCCGGGCAGCCCGCGAGCAAGGCGCCGCCAUUCCGCUGCUCGGGGCGCCGCCGCCGCCGCCACCGCGCCCGGGGGCCAUGCUCCCGCCGCCCCCGCGCCAGCCGCCACCCCAGGCGCGUGCGGCCCGGGGCGCGGUGCGCCUGCAGCGGCCCUUCCUGCGCGGCCCGCUGGGCGUGCUGCGGCUGCUGCAGCUGCUGGCCGGCGCCGCCUUCUGGAUCACCAUCGCCACCAGCAAGUACCAGGGUCCCGUGCACUUCGCGCUCUUCGUGUCCGUGCUCUUCUGGCUGCUGACCCUGGGCCUCUACUUCCUCACGUUGCUGGGCAAGCACGAGCUGGUGCCCGUGCUGGGCUCGCGCUGGCUCGUGGUCAACGUGGCGCACGACCUGCUGGCGGCCGCGCUCUACGGCGCCGCGACGGGCAUCAUGAUCGACCAGACGCAGCGCCACAGCUACUGCAACCUCAAGGAUUACCCGCUGCCCUGCGCCUAUCACGCCUUCCUGGCGUCCGCCGUCUGCGGCGGUCUCUGCCUCGGCCUCUACCUGCUCUCGGCGUUCUACGGCUGCUGCCGCCGCUGCCAGGGCAAGCAGGAGGUGGUGUGAGGCCGCCCGCGCCCGCCGCGGCCCCGAUCGGGGCGGGGGACCCUCCGGAGACCAGCGCCCCCGGUCCUUCCUGCUGCCGCUGCCCCGCGCCGGUGCGCCCUGGCACCCUCCCCUUGCCCUGCGUUUCCACUGCCACCCGCGCCCAUAAAGCCGACACGCGGGUCCCGCCCGACGACAGCGCAACAGCCCGGCGUCCGGAUCGCCGGGCGGGACGCGCCGUCUCCAGGGACCAGCGCACAGCUGCGAUCCGAGGGGCGGACGCACACUCCAGAUGGGCCGCCCCGAGGCGAAACCUCGCGGUUCCUCUUCCCCUUCCCUGCAGAGAGCGAGACGUGGACAGGCGCCGCGUAGAUCCGGGGGAGGCUCCCAAAUUGGAACCAGCCUCACAGCUGCGCCACGGCCCCCUUCCCUCCUGCCCCGCGGUCGGAAGAGCACCCCCUUCCCUGGCCCCUCUUCCAGCCUCCGGUGCUGUAAAAGACAGGCGCCAGCCGCGGGCGGAGCUGGGGACAGGCCUCAGCUGGUCCCAGGAUGAGCGAGGAGUUUGGCUUUAGCAUGGGAUUGUGCGGGCACCCUGCGCAGCCUCUCCCCAUCUCUCGGUGCUUUGAUGUUUUGGGGUGGGGCCCAUCUGCGGAGGUGGGGACGGGUAGGAAGGGCCCGCGGGCUGCACCUUUACACUUCGGAGUUUUCUCUCGCCUCUGCCUACUCCGCCUUUGUCCCUGCAGUUUAUGCAGGCCGGUCCCAAACACACGCUAACUUUCCUGGCCUCUCAGUGACACAAGUCUCUUCUCAGCCUUCUACUCCCCUCCCCUCACCCCCCAAUAUGUUUGCAUUAGGAAUCCCACGACCAUCGAGGAAUGUUAGGGUGAGCCCCUCCCCUUCUUUUUGCAGGUGGGGACCGGGAGCCUGCUCUCGGGAACAGCCAGAGUAAGAUUAGAAUCGGGUCUGUGCGCUCGCAGUCCAGCGCUGUUUGCAGGAGAGGAGAGGGUGAGCCCGGACCGCUGGCUCGGGAGCUAGCUCUCUGAUUCAAGGCCAACUAGGUUUGUCAACGGUGCUAUCUCCCCUUCUUGGAGAUUGGCCCUGCUCAUUAGCCUGUCAAAGACUGAGAAUGCCGCAGUUACAGGAGCCCAAGUAAUUUAGUUUACUGUAUUAACUGCUUUUGGGCCUGGGCCAGUAUUUCCCACCUUAGGGCUCCAAGCAGUCCUGUGCUGUCGCGGAGCUCUCAUUCCUCAGGGGCCCAACCCAUUGGCUGUGUUCUGUUUGAAGAUUUGGGGAGCUCCAUCCAUUUCCCAGGGAAUUUCUGUAGCAGAGGGAGGGACCCACCCCAGUGAGGAAGGAGAUUGCUGCCCCUAACCAGCCAGAGACUUGGUGGACUUGAACAUCUCUUUGCAUUGAUGAAGAAAUGAAGCCAAGGUUAUCCAGAUGGUUUCCGAGUCUAAAAAGGAAAGUCACCUGUAAAAGAUCUGGGCUUUGAACGUGAACAGCUGGGAGGGUGGGGCCCGCUCACCAAAGAGAAGAAAAAUCUCUGGAACUGGGGUGCACUGCUGGCUGGGCCUCAAAGGUUUCCAUGUUGCUGGGGCCGUGGAGAUUUCCAGGGUUGGCCAUAGCAGCUUCUCCCAGGGCCCGCUUCCCUGGGCUGGGCACACCAUUCAGGCCUGGGCCAGCAGAAGGUUUCACAGUCCUCACUGGUAGUAGGGGGAGGUGGGGAGAGGGGUGACCUCUGCCCCACAGCUUCCUUUCCACACCAUCCCGUAGAAGAGUCAAGAUGGGUGAAGAUUGAUUGUGCCUCAGCUGAAGAGAAUUCCUGAUUCUCCUUGUGCUAUGACUUGGACAUAAGAUUCUGAACACCUGGAACUGAGCUGUGCACCCCAGUACCCUAAACAAUGGGUUUGAGUUUGAGCUUUUGUUCUUUUUUCUUUUUCUAGGUCACCAUGUAAGUUGCAUCCUCAGCUCAGGUCCAGCCCCCUCAGGAUCCCCUUCUUCCCCCCAGCCCCUGGUGCUGUCUGUGGUCAGGUGACCUUACUCAGGAGCAGAUAGCUCCUUGGCCUUCAUGGGGCCUCAUCCAUCCAGACGUGCCUGUAGCAUUCCAGAGCUCACUGGCUCUUCUAGAUGUGCCUUCCCGCUCGCUUCCAGCGGCUUGGCGGUCCCUCUGUCUGCCAGAUGUGAGACAGACUCGUAAGACGGCCGGCACACCUGCCCUCCCCUUCCGGGUCCUGUGCCGUAGGAAUGGCCAUCUGACCUGGCCUAGCACUUUUGGAUACUGCAGGCAGUCUCAGAAGCCUCUCUCUUUGGACACCAGGACUCAGUCCAGCCCAAGGCCACCUGGGCAGCUCCCAGCCCAAAAGCCUGGGACCACUUGCAGACCCAGGAGAGGAUUUCUACAGUGUUCUGCCAAGGCCAAAAAGGAGGGAUGAUGGGGGUUAGGGAGAGGGGACUGAUGUGCCUCAUUCAGUAGUUUAGUGGUGAUUACUAAUAUGCUUUUCCAAAUAAAGUUUGGUUGUCUGA